CCCCGCCUCCCGGCCCGUCAGUCUGGGCGUCGCGGGGUCUGUCCGUCUCCUUCCCUGUGGUCUUGUCGCCUGUGUCUUCAGUUUCCGUGGCUUGCUUGCGAGUCCUCUGCGGUCGUUCUCUGCACCCCCCUCCCCCCACCGCCUCCGUCUCCUCAGCCUCGGUGGUUCUCCCGCGCUUCGGUGCCUGAGACCUGAGGGCCGCCCGGCGCCCAGCUGCGCCCCGAGAGAGAUGGAGGAGCCGGAGUCCCGCGGAGAGGUCAUGGAAGAAGUGACAUCGUGCUCCUUCAACAGCCCUCUGUUCCAGCAGGAAGACAAGAGAGGGAUCACCUACCGGAUCCCAGCCCUGCUCUACAUCCCCCCCACCCACACCUUCCUGGCCUUUGCAGAGAAGCGCUCCACGAGCAGGGAUGAGGAUGCUCUCCACCUGGUGCUGAGGCGAGGGUUGAGGACUGGGCACUCGGUACAGUGGGAACCCCUGAAGCCAUUGAUGGAAGCCACGUUACCUGGGCAUCGGACCAUGAACCCCUGUCCUGUGUGGGAGCAGAAGAGUGACUGUGUAUACCUAUUCUUCAUCUGUGUGCGCGGCCAUGUCACCGAGCGUCAACAGGUCAUGUCAGGCAGGAAUGCAGCCCGCCUCUGCUUCAUCUGCAGUCAAGAUGCUGGCUGUUCAUGGAGUGAGGUGAGGGACCUGACUGAAGAGGUUAUUGGUGCAGAGGUGAAGCGUUGGGCCACAUUUGCUGUGGGCCCAGGUCAUGGCAUCCAGCUGCAGUCAGGGAGGCUGAUCAUCCCUGCAUAUGCCUACUACAUCCCUUAUUGGUUCUUUUGCUUCCGGCUACCAUGCAAAGCCAAGCCUCAUUCCCUGAUGAUCUACAGUGAUGACCUAGGGGCCACCUGGCACCAUGGCAGGCUCAUUAAGCCCAUGGCAACAGUGGAGUGCGAAGUGGCAGAGGUGACUGGGAGGGCUGGCGACCCUGUGCUGUAUUGCAGUGCCCGGACACCAAACAGAUGCCGGGCAGAGGCUUUCAGCAUUAACAAUGGUGAAUGCUUUCAGAGACCAGCCCUGAGCAAUCAGCUGUGUGAGCCCCCGCAUGGCUGCCAAGGCAGUGUGGUGAGUUUCCGGCCCUUGGAGAUCCUUCAUGGGUGCCAGGACCUGAAUGGUAAAGAUUCUCCUACCAUUCAGCAGAGCCCUCUGCUGGACAGCUCACUGUGGCCAGAGCAGGAAGGUGGAAUUCUGUCCAAAUCUUGGCUCUUGUACUCACACCCAACCAGUAAGAAGCGGAGGGUCAACUUAGGCAUCUAUCUCAACCAGACCCCCUUGGAUGCUGCCUGCUGGUCCCGCCCCUGGAUCUUGCACUGUGGACCCUGUGGCUACUCUGAUUUGGCUGCUUUGGAAAAGGAGGGCUUGUUUGGAUGUUUGUUUGAGUGUGGGACCAAGCGAGAGUGUGAGCAGAUUGCCUUCCGCCUGUUUACAGACCAAGAGAUCCUGAGCCACAUGCAUGAGGAUAACACCGGCCCUGGUAAGAACUCUGAGCCAACUGAAAGCUAAAAAUUGGCUUAGGACCCAAUUUUCCAUAGAAAGGAAGCCACAGAAGGCAACCACAGCCAGGAUAAUGGAGGCCACGUUAAUAGAGGUUAUUAAAGUCUACAGAGAAUCCAGAAACUUAAUAUUCUGCUCCCCACCUUUCUUCACUUCUCCAAAGAGCAAAAUGAAAAUUUUGCCGUAGCUACCGCAAUGGAAAAAACUAUGAGUUGGGAAACGAUGAUGUAGUCCUUGGUUGUGCCACUGGCUUGCUUUGGGACCUUGGACGUGUCACCUGAACUCUCUGGGCCUCAGGUCUCCAUCUGUAAAAUGAGAGGAUUGGUUCUGUGAUUUUUCUUCUUCCCAUUCCUAGGAAUGGCAGAGUGACUGCAUAGUCCACGAUCAGUGAGUCCUGGCUGUAUAGGUCUCUGAUAGGACUCUGAUCUCAAAAUGGAAGUCAGAGGAUUCAUCUUUUCCAAUGACUCACCACUCAUCCAGGUGUGAGGCUACAAGCAGGUGUUCUGGCACAAAGGAAGACCUGGUUUAUUAAGAACAAACACACCCUCACCCUUCUAAUCAUCCUUAGAACUCUACAGGCUCUCUAUCCUAGAGGAAUUGGGCAGAACAGUAGAAUCAUGAGGUCACCUACCUUCUCCAGCUUUGCAGCUCUGCUCAAUCAUCCCUUCCUCAGCCAGAACGCUUAUUUCCUAGGGAAAAAAAAAUGAGAAACUCAAAGCCAGUGGCCCCCAAGGAUGAUACUAUUUCUGAUGGCAUCACUCCUAUGAAAGAUGAACCUGAAGUACGUGUACUAGGAUGGUGCCUGAUGAGAAAAGGACACGGAUCAGGACUUUAAAGCAUUAGACAAAACUUCCCAUGUUCUCUGCCCUCAAGGAGCUCACAGUUUAUGGGACUAGAAGUGUGAGAAAAUUCAAGCAAAUCAGUGCAGCUGGUUUGUAGAUGUUGGGCUUUAAGUUGGGGUGAUGGUAGCUCCUGAUGUCAUUGUCUUAGUUGUAUCUUCAUUGUGCUUGGAGUCAGCAGCCUCAGGGCUUGGCCAGGUUGCUGGGUUUCCCCCAGGUCUGUUUUUUUUUCUCAGAAUAUUGCUCUGGGCUAGUCACUCCUUUUUACCCAUGAAGAAGGUCUUCACCAUUAGGAAGGUCUCUGGACUCCAGACCUCUGAAUCAGGCCUAUUUUUUGUACCUACUGCAAUCACUGUUUGUGAAGUCGAGAUGCCUCUUUGUCUGAUAGAUUUGGGGCUGAAAUUUGCCAGUGCUGAAUGUCUCAGAUGAUACCAGAUUGGUUCCUCUUAUUUUAGAUUCAGUUCUCCAUAGCCUGUUAUUAUAACAGAAAUUCUAUCAAAGAUAUGGUUUUUCUCCCUAUUUUAGGAGAAGAAUACCUCCAACUUGUAUCAAAUAACUAAAUUUGGUGCCAAGUAAUGGCCUGGAGAGCAAGUCUUGGUUGUAGAACAGAGCCCAGGAGGCUGGGGGUUGCAGUUGCACCUGUCAUAUGGGGGAGAGUCUACCAGGAUGAAGGUAGAGAUUAACUUCACCUACUUCUGCAUAUGGCUUUAAGCCCAUGGCUUAGAGUGACUUUUUAAAAUUCCCUCAGCCUCUCACCCAUUUGUCAAAGUUAUCCUCCUAGUACACAGUUAUGAUCACUUAUUCACUCAUUUGUACAUUUAUCUAAAUAUUUUCGAGAGCUGUGCAUAAUGUAAGGUGCUUUCUAUUGCCAUUCCCUGGUUGAAAAUCAUUUGUGGCUCCUCAAUAGCCUACUGAAGGGUUUUUACAUUUAGUCUGGCAUGUAGAGCCUUCCAUUUUUGGCUGAGAUAAUGAAUACAAAUCUCCACACAAAUCUCUAAACAAAUCUCUCUUUGUAUGAAGCCCACUCAGAGAAGAUCUCUGUCAAGUUAGCAGUGGAGGGGGUGACAGAAUUGGUGGUACAAGGAGGAACAGGGGAAGGGCAACCCAUUCCUGAGUAGUGGAAGCUUCUUGUUCUGCAAAGCUUUCCUGAGCACCAUACCCCAAAUAGAUAGGAACCGUGGGGAUGGCUUCCUUCUCUAACAGGGUCUAAAGGAUGAAGAGAAUGAAAAGCAAGAAAAGAGGGUUGGGGACAAAGGGAAUCCAGAAUGAGGAUUAGGAAGAGGAACAGAGUGGGCAAUAGCAGCUAUGAAGAAAGAACAGCAAGGAAGGAGUCCCGGCAUGUUUAGGAGGAGAGAGAACAUGGCCCAGAUAUGAGACCUAGGCUGGAGAGGUGGUAUGAGUGGUGGCUGCUGUGAAGAAGAAAUGACGACAGGCUGGAGCUGUUUGCCAAAAUGUGGGGGAAGGGACAGAGGCCCACACAGGCUGGCAGUUUAGGCUACUGAUAGGUUCCUACCCAGCCCUGUAACUUUAAGCUGGUUUAACUCGUUCAUGUUCCAGGUGACCAACAGAAACAGCUGUAGGCACUCUGACUCUCUUUGUGCCAAGUACCCAAGGCUUUCCAGGCCCCUGGACAUCCUAACAGAGUCCAUUUCAGGCCCUCUCACGUUGGUAGAAUGAAAAAGAUGGGGCAGGUAAUGGCAGCUGUGAAGAAAAGAGGAAGGUAGACUGGAGGCCUCUAAUCUAGGGGCAUGAAGAGGACUAUAGAGGCUGUGGUCCCUUUGCCCCCAGAAGCUCCCACCCUAUCUUUGGACACUUAGAAUGGAUCCAUCCAGCACACAUGGCUCAUCACUGGGAGAGCAAGAAAGCAUAGGUAGGUAGGGGCCUCCUGCUGCUGGUCUGUGUCCAAAUCCACCUCCUACCCCUUCAAUUUGCUGGUCCUGCUCAUGCUCCCAAACCCCUGAUGCCUUCACUCCUAGGCUCCUACUAUUUUUACUUCAGGCCCUUGUUAUUUGGUGGUUUAUUUGGAUCUGUUUCUCCUGGUCACCGAUCUCCCCUCAUAUCCUUGGGAUAUCAUGCAGCUGUAGCCAUAGGUAAGAGACAUUGCACCUUGUUUCUUGGGUAGCCCAAGGCACCCACAGAAGUCAACAUAAGGCUGCCUCCCAUGCCUCCUCUACAGGGCAGUAGGUUUCAAUACUUCUACUUCAGCCAGAUUAGGCUGCUCUGUCUUCUUCAAUAGGCUGUGCGUUUUCCACACUGCAUUAUUCAGUAUAUGUCAUGUCAUCCUUUCCUUGCUCCUGCAGUGCAUAGUUGGAGCCUCCCUCCCUCUGGUCAUUACCACAGGGUGCAAUAUAUCAUUAUUGUCUGUCUUGUGCCCUCUAGGCAUCUGCUGGGUUGUGAAUUCCUUGAGGGCCAAGUCUGUAUGAAUCCUCUAUCCUUUUUACCUUGAAUUAUAGUGAUUUCUUUAUAAAAAUGAUUUUUCUAUUGGAUUCUGAACUCCCUAAGGAUAAGGACUGUGCCUGAUUCCUUUCUGUGUCCUCUGCACCCAGCACAGGGCCUGGCGCAGAACAGACAACAGUAAAAUUAGGCUGAAUGAAUAAAGGAAUCAAAAAUCCUGGCCUUCUGGAGCUAAGUGAGAAGGCCGGGGCAAGCUACCCCAUAGGGAGGAGCAUAUUGCAUCCCUCUGUGGAUUGGAUGGUGCUCUAAACCCGCUGAACACUCACCCUAAAUGAGUCUUCUUUUUGCUGGCCUGCAUCCGGGUCAGUCACAGUGCUUCCCGGAAAAAGAGCUUUUCUCUGGCUUUAGCUGCCUGCCUGGAUGUGUCAGAAUCACAGCCCAAGCCCAAAGCCAAGCCUUGAUUUGGGUUCUCAUUUCAGUGCUCUUUCCCCUCUGUCCCUAAUUGGAGUUUCUGUAACUUCCCCUUGUCCAGGACUCCAGGAGAGAUGCUGUGCUUCCAGUGUGUAGCGAGCAUGUCUUGGUUCUGUGAUACCAAGUGCCAGAAGUGCCCUCUGUACUAUAGAAACUACCAGGACUCUUGGAAACAAGAGAGAUGAAUAAAGAGUUUAAUUCUUA